AUCUCUCUCACGUCAAGAAGGGAGAGGGAGAAGGUGAAGGCGGGGGAAGGUUGAUUCACAGAAGAGAAGAGAAUAGAAGGAGGCGAGGCCUUCCGAUUCCCUCCCUCCUUCCUUGUUUGUUCUUCUGCCCACCCAAUCCCACCCCCACCUCAUUCAAUCAGUCCAUUUUCAAAUGUCGCUAAACAAAGAUUCGCCCGAAAUUCUCUCUGUUGCUCUCAUUGGCGCCCCCUCCCUCCCCCUCCCUUCUUCCCUUCCCUUCCCUUCCCUUUUUUCUUUCUUUAUAUAUUAACUAGUAACCAAUCACUACUUCCACCCUCAUUCAUCAAUUAAUUUAAUUAAACCAAAACCCAUACCCAUAGAGAGAGAAAGACUAGUCUCUCAGUCUCCGUCUCCGUCUCCUCAGCUUGGGAUUCAUUCGGAUGGCAUUUUUGUAAACGCAAUGGCGGCCACUUCCAGAGGCUUCGCUUCUCCGCCUGAUUUCAAGCUCACCCGCCUCCGCCUCGCUUUCCAUCCCCACCCCCACCCUUCUAUUGCUACUAAUGCCGCCCGCCUGCGGGAUAUCAGAAAGCGGAGGAGAAGACUUAGCCUUCCCAUGGCUGACCCACCCGCAGUCACUCGAAUCACUUGCUGCUGCUCCGACUCCGUCGUUCCGAUCCGCCCCGGAAAGAGCCUCGACAAGGCGGAAGAGUGGCGCUUCGAUUCCAAGAAAAGGGCUCAGAGAGCUGCUGGAGUCCAAGCCUCCGCCGCAUUGCCCUUCUUUGCUUCGUCUUCCUCUUCUUCUCCUGCUCAGUACGUUGCAUUAGAAUUUGCAAUUUACCCAAGAUCUCGCUUCCUGUCCAAACAAGAGAAAUACUACCCUCGCUGUACCCCAAGAAACUCUGGUCCACAAUCUCGCGACAGUCCUCCGAAAAGAGAUACUGGCAUUGCCAAUGAGAAGGAGUGGGGCAUCAGCUUGUUAAACGAAAAUGUAAAUGAGUCUGGCACCAAUGAAGAUGGCACUACUUGGUACCGCGAAAGUGGCGAGGACCUUGGCAACAAUGGCUACAGAUGUAGGUGGACAAGGAUGGGUGGUACUUCCCACGACGCUUCUUCACAAUGGAAAGAAACGUGGUGGGAGAAAAGUGACUGGACUGGAUACAAAGAGCUAGGUGUGGAGAAAUCUGGUAGAAAUGCUGAAGGGGAUUCGUGGUGGGAAACAUGGCAAGAAAUUCUUCAUCAAGAUGAAUGGAGUAAUUUAGCGAGGAUUGAGAGAAGUGCACAGAAACAAGCAAAAUCAGGCACGGAAAAUGCUGGAUGGUAUGAGAAAUGGUGGGAGAAAUAUGAUGCUAAAGGCUGGACCGAGAAAGGAGCACACAAAUACGGUAGACUUAAUGAGCAGUCUUGGUGGGAGAAGUGGGGAGAGCAUUAUGAUGGAAGGGGAUCUGUUCUCAAAUGGACUGAUAAAUGGGCUGAGACUGAACUUGGAACCAAAUGGGGAGACAAGUGGGAAGAGAAGUUCUUUGCUGGCAUAGGUUCGCGACAAGGGGAGACAUGGCAUGUAUCUCCAAGCGGUGAACGUUGGUCAAGGACAUGGGGAGAAGAGCACUUUGGAAAUGGUAAGGUGCACAAAUAUGGGAAAAGCACGACAGGGGAAAGCUGGGAUAUUGUUGUGGAUGAGGAGACCUAUUACGAGGCUGAGCCGCAUUACGGGUGGGCAGAUGUCGUUGGUGACUCUAGCCAAUUGCUGUCAAUUAAACCUCGAGAAAGGCCACCUGGCGUCUACCCUGCCCUUGACUUUGGAUCAUCGUCGCCUUCAGUUGAUGAACCACCAGAUGAAUUUUCUCCACAAUGAAAGGUGACCAAAAUUAGGUGGUCUAGUUUAGAAUAUUGAUCGACGUCCAAUAAUAUUGGCUGAAACUGGUCUUUUGUAACGGACAUUUUAGUAUUCAUUUGAUUCAUUCUUUCAGUUGCCACUA